ACGCAGGUUAAAUAGCAAACAACGUGUUUCCAACCUCCACUAUAAUCUUUUUAAUUUUUUCAGAGACUCUAGUUCGUUUUAUUUUUAUGUAUAAAUCUACUGCCACGAGAGCUUAGCGUUGAUGUAGUUCAUUCCAAAUUUGUGACCAAAGUUUGUUUUUUUGCACGUUUUUUUGCACGUAUGUGAAAGUGAAACUAAAAUGUCGUCGGUUUUGCAGGGGAAAACCAAGCACUUAAGCCCAGUGUUCGAGUGUCACUAGUGACAAAAUGACCUGUGAUCAGAAGGGACACAGACAAAUAACCAUGACGAACUUUUCUACGAUUUAUAAACUGUCUCUGGUCGCUGUUUUCUGCGCCGUCCAAGUCUCCUGCAGCUGUCCGGUGUUGGAGUGCUGGUUUGUGCAGGAGAAGGCGGGCCGUGGAGGAAGUUUAACUGGAGCUACAACCCAGGAAAAAUCUCUGCUCUACAUCAGAACCGAUGCCGAAGCCGACAGCGCAAAGACCCGGCAGGCUCCUUCUGGCAUCAGCCCUGACAGGGUCUACUUCAUCACUGACCCGUCUGCCAGUCUCUGCCACCGCUCUCUCAAACCUCCCAGAGGUUCAGUGGAGAAGCCCCAUUGUGAGAUCAACCCCUUCCUGCCGCAGCCCUCCAGCCUCAGAUGGGUCGACCCGCUCACAGGGUCUGGAUUCAGCCCCAUAUAUCUGCAGGCUGAUUGGUUUUCAGCUUCCUUUCAGGGCCUCAAAGAGCCACUUGGCAUUUCUACCAUCACACGUGCUCCUACUGGAACCAAAGAACACAGUGUGAUCCUGAGCAUGACCAGCAGAACCAUGACUGCACAAAGCAGACUCGGAGCGCCAGUUACGCUUGACUGUGGUUUCUGGGUUGACCCUUCCUCGCCUCUGUCUACGUCCGGUUUCGCCGUGGAGUGGCGCUACCAGUUCAGAGGCCACGGCCGACUUCUCCUGGCUUAUGACGGGAAGUCUGACCGUCUGGCCGAUACGCAGGAGGAGGGAGUGACGCUGGAUUUUGACAGCUUGCACGAGACAGGAAACGCAUCUCUGAUCCUGAAAGAGGCUAAAGUGCAUCAUUCUGGGAUGUAUAUUUGCACGGUUUAUCUGCCGUACCUGCUGGCUCAGGUGGUAAUGGAGCUUGAGGUUGUAGAGCCUCCAUCCCUGUCCAUCCACCCCUCCUCUCUGCCCCUCGCUGUUCCCGGUCAGACGGUGACUGUCCAGUGUGAAGCGUCCGGCUUCGCUCCCCUCUCUCUUGAGCUGAGCUGGGAGUUUAAAGGCGCUGAUGGGAAGUCCCGGUCCCUGGGAUCCGGCAGCAUGUCGGGCCACAGGCAGGCUUGGGAUGGCACCUACAGCCAGAGCAGCCGGCUGGAGCUGGACGCGUCUACGCAGGACCUGGGCCGAGGGGGGGAGGUCACCUGUGUAGCCGUUCACCACGGAGCCACGCAACGUGCCAGCGUGACCCUCAACGUUAUCGGGUUCAGCUCUCCCUCCAUUGAGGACUCCAUGGCGAUGGUUGGCGUGGCGUUAGUGCUUUAUGGCUUCAUCAAGUUUGUCUCAUGGGGCUUUACCAGCUCAGGAUCAGAAGAUGCUGACAAACAGGAUAAGAAAAUCAAGUGAAAGAUCAGAAGCGAACUGACUGAAAGUUUGAUAUCUUUUGAUGGGCUAACAGCAGUUGAUGUUGGUGAUGAUGUCUGGUUUUAUUUUCAUAGCUGGUAUGUUGAUAAAGCUGUGUUGACUUCAGCGUGAGUGUUUUUUUACUUCUUUUUUUUCUUUUAUUGUUUCUUUUAUUUUAUAUUCAGUGAAAGUUUUGCUUUCAUCUAGGUUUCCAGUUGCCAAUGUCUGGUUCGGUUUGUGUUUUUUUUCUUUUUCUUCAUAUGUUUGUAAUGUUUCUUGUGACAUUUCUCCUUAAAAUGAUAAAGUAAAUGUUGCAUCAUCUUUAUUCCAUCUGUUUAAAGCAUUUGGUCCCAAACACUGGAAAAGUGACAGAAACUUGGAAAAAAAUAAGUAACUUGAUAACUUUUACCUUUUUUGAUUAAUCAAAUAUAAUUUUGUGUAUUUAUGUUUAAAAUAGGACAUAUAUUUAAAUGAAGACGGUAUGUUGAUAUCAUACCAAACAGUCACAAACAUUUUUUUUGUAAAUACAGAAAAUGAAGUUGGUGUAUAUUUGUCACAUUAAUAUUAAAAAUGAUUGUUCUCAUCGUGUGUCGGCAGGAGCAAUGCUCUAACUUCCUUGAAGUGAAAGUGGUACAAAUAAAGCACAUCAGUCUGCUGCAGGGGGAAAAAAAGCUGCAUUUGAAUGAUCUGAGUGCUGGUCUUCAACUUAAACAGCAAUUUCAUAAAUUAAUUUCCUGUUUAAUGUCAACUUUUGAUUCAAAUAAACAGUUAUUUUUGUCAUAUCC